AUGGGUGUAGAAAUAGUGGAGUCUCAUGAAAGAUAUUUAGGGUUGCCAACCUACGUGGGACGUAAGAAAACAGCAACUUUUCAGUACAUAAAGGAUAAUUUGGCCAAGAAGUUAAAGAGUUGGCAAGGGAAAAUGCUUAGUGGAGCAGGAAAGGACAUUCUAAUCCGGGUUGUAGCUCAGGCCCUUCCUACAUAUGCCAUGAGUGUGUUUCAAUUAACAAAGAAUUUUUGUGAGGAUUUGGAACUAAUGUGUGCAAGGUUCUGGUGGGGGAGUACAGAUGAUAAAAGAAAGAUACAUUGGAAAUCUUGGGAGAAGCUUUGCCUUCCUAAAGAAGAGGGAGGUUUGGGAUUUCAAAGUCUAUCUGAUUUCAACCUAGCUAUGCUUGCAAAGCAAGCUUGGAGGUGCCAAUAUAGCUCAGGAAACUUUCUUGUGAGUAAAGGAAGGCCAGUAUGGGGGUUGCUCUCAGCUGAGCAUGCUGAACUUCUCUCAUGCAAGGAGGCAUUGGAGCUUAUAAUUGAGCCGUCCUUGCAGCCUGCAAUUGUGGAGACAAAUUCUUUGGUUAUUAAACAGCAGCUAUCUAGUUCUGGAGUUAACUUGUCUAGACUAGGGCGUAUAUAUGAAGACCUAGGAGUGUUGUUGGAAGCAUUGCCUAAUGUUCGGAUAGUGCAUAUAAGAAGAGAUGCAAAUAAGGCAGCUCAUCUAAUGGCUGCACAGGCAUCUGCUACAGGCCAAGCUCUCUUUUAUUCUUCUGUUCCUUCUUUUCUUCAUGAGGUUAUUACUCAUGAACUUUGUAGUCACUAG